ACAACUGCUUUGUGCUCAUCUACACCAACCAGAUGCCAUUAAAAUCCUUCAACCAUUUAGCUCUAUAUAGGAUAUAGAUCCAUACAUUCUAAUUAAAUCCUUAAAAGUUAAAUUCAUCUAUGUUCCACACUUCCUAUUAAUCCCAUUUCUCUAGAUCUCUUCAACCGAAACAACCGUUGUUUUCUCCAAUUUCCUUAACUAGAUUUGGCGCGAAAGCGGUAGAGAAAUAAUCAUCCGAUGAAGGUGACAGUUACCACCCGGAGUGGUAGAGAAUUAAUCAACGGUGGCCUUGAUAUUGAUACAACUGCUACCGUGGCUGAUUUGGAGGAUGCGAUUCAUCAGAGAAUCAAGAAAUACCAUCCGUCAAGACAACGGUUAACCCUGCCCCAUCAUCCUCAGUCAAAGGAGAAGCCGAUCGUCCUACAGUACAAGAAAGUUCUAAAAGAUUACACGAAUGGGAACUCAGACACCAUAACCAUAGUAUUUAAGGAUUUAGGCCCUCAAGUAUCAUACCGUACACUUUUCUUUUUCGAGUACUUGGGCCCACUCCUCCUCUACCCUCUCUUCUACUAUUUCCCCGUGUAUCAGUAUCUUGGAUACCAAACUAAACAUGUUAUAUACCCGGUCCAAACAUACACGUUAUAUUACUGGUGCCUGCACUACUUCAAGCGUAUCAUGGAGACCUUUUUUGUGCACCGUUUUAGCCAUGCGACGUCCCCAGUAUCGAAUGUCUUUAGAAACUGUGCUUAUUAUUGGACUUUCGCCUGUUUUAUUGCUUACUAUGUGAACCACCCUUUAUAUAUGCCCGUAAGUGAGUUCCAGAUGAAGAUUGGAUUCGGGUUUGGGUUGAUCAUGCAAGUUGCUAACUUGUACUGCCACAUCAUAUUGAGAAACCUUCGUGGGCGAAAUGGGAAUGGAGGGUACCAGAUUCCUCGUGGGUUUUUGUUUAACUUUGUUACUUGUGCGAAUUACACAACCGAGAUUUAUCAGUGGUUGGGAUUCAAUGUAGCAACACAGACUGUUGCAGGUUAUAUCUUUCUUGUGGUUGCUGCUUCAAUUAUGACCAAUUGGGCCCUUGCUAAGCAUCGUCGACUAAAAAAGCUAUUUGAUGGAAAAGAGGGAAGACCCAAGUAUCCUCAAAGAUGGGUAAUACUGCCCCCAUUCCUCUAAAGGAAUCCAAACACGGGUUUAUCGCCCAUUUUGGAUUCUAAGCAAGAUUCGGAGGAUAUUACGAUCUCGUUUUGAUUGCCUGGUUCUCUAAAACAGAUGCAUAUGUUAUGUUUUCUUUAUUUGUUUAUGUUAAAUUUGUAAUACAAUUCACUGCUUGCUGAUAA